CCCCUAAGGGAAUGUUUACAGUUUUCAAUUUUAACUCGCAUUAUGUUAUUUUUAUGGGCGCCCAUAAAAAAUGAGACUCCCGACUUUACGACCCAUAUGCUCACGUCAUCAUUGAAUUCCGUUUUUGUUUCAGAGAAUUUGCAAGCGCCCCGAUUUACCACGUCACCGUCCACCAGCAGCACGGUCCGAUUGGGGAACAAAAAAAUUAUACAAUGCCAGGCGUUCGGUUUCCCGCAGCCUCAGUACAAAUGGCUCAAGGACGAUCGGCCGAUCACCGAGUUUUCGUCCGAGUCGUUUUAUAGAAUCUUUUCGGCCAAACACGAGGAUGGCGGAAGUUAUAGGUGUAUUGUAUCCAAUAAGGUUGGAUCCAUUGUUAGUGAAGAAAUUAAAGUUGUUAUAGCGUAUAUGGACGUUUUCAAAGAUCUCACCGAAAUCCACGUUUCAGUGGACACGGGACAAGCUGCAAUUUUAGACCUGCCACAGAUAGAGUCGUCGCCCGAACCCGACGUGACGUGGCAAUCCGACAAUGAACCGAUACCUUACGCUCAAAAGUACUCCAAAUCCAAGGCAAAUCAAUUGAUAAUCUUAUCAACGGAUGCGUCAGAUCAAAUGUCUUAUAGGGCACGUGCAAUUAACACUCAAGAGGGCAAGGAGGAGUACAGCGCUUUUAUUAAGUUGACGGUAAACGACAGAGAUGUCGCCGAGAUCGCUCCCGAAAUCAUAAUAAAACCGCAAGACGUUCAGAUUGUCAAGGGUACCAGUCAGACGACUUUGGAUUGUAUCGCAAACGCAAGGCCGUUACACGAACUGGAAACGCUAUGGUUUAAAGACGGAAUUUUAAUUGAAAGCUCCGGUAUCGCGCACACCUUGAACGACUUAUGGAAUCGGAGUUUGACCUUGGCUUCGAUCAGUUUGGCGCACGCUGGCCAGUAUGAAUGCCAGGUCUCGCUGAGAACGGGCGGGUUUCCGACCGUAAAGGCCAUCGCGACCGUUACGGUUCAAGAGAAACCCACCUUUAUUAGUGAUAUGAAGACUGAAACCUUAGGCGAUUACGGAACUCGAAUUAAUUUACCUUGCGAUUCGGUCGGGAUUCCCAAACCGAAUGUAACGUGGUACAGAAACGUCGAGGAACUACGAACCGACUCCAGGUAUAUCAUUGAAGAAGACAACUCGCUGGUUAUCAAGAGGCUAAUCAUGGAAGAUUCCGGCAUGUACCAGUGCUUUGCGCGGAACGAUGCAGGCGAAAGCUCAAUGUCAACGUGGCUCAAAGUGAAAACGAGAGCGACUAGAAGUAUCGGACCUAAAAUUGUGCAAUUGCGAAGUGUCUCGAACCAACGAAACAAAAAGAAAUUUGAGUUCUACACCUCCUCGGUGCCCAUUAUGGAAAACGGUCCGCAAAACUCAACAGUACUCGACGGCAAGGAUGCCACGAUCUCCUGUCGGGCGGUCGGAGCUCCGACACCAAAUUCGACGUGGAUCUACAACGAGCAAAACGAAGUCGAGCUAUCGGGACGAGUGCAAACUCUCGAUACGGGCGAUUUGCUAAUCGCUGCCGUUCGUGAGUCUGACCACGGCUUGUAUACGUGUAUACGUGCUAACGAAGCCGGCGUCGUAAGAGGAUCUGCUUAUUUAACUGUUCUAGUGAGGACGCAGAUAAUCCAGCCACCGGUCGAUACCCGAGUACUCUUAGGACACACAGUCACCUUACAAUGUAAAGUUUCUUCGGAUCCAAGUGUGCCCUAUCAGUUGGAUUGGUUUCACGACAAACAGGUAAUUCAACCGGGCACGAAUCAGCGCUUCAACGUACUGUUCGACGGCACUUUGGAGAUCCAAGCGGUAAGGGCUGCGGAUGUCGGUAUCUACACCUGCUCGGUGAAGUCGCCUGGCGGCAACGAAACGAGAUCGGCCCGGUUGAGCGUUAUCGAACUGCCGUUCGCUCCGAUCAACGUGAAGGCCACCAAACUGGACACUGCUACUCAAAGAGCCGUCAAUGUUAGUUGGACUCCGGGCUUUGACGGUAACAGUCCGGUUUUGAAGUACAUAGUACAGAAGAGGGAGUUACCCGAAUUAGUCCCCCCAAUUCCAGGUCCGAUUCCGGAUCCGCUGCUCAACUGGGUGACCGAAUUGAGCAACAUCUCCGCGACGCAAAGAUGGAUCCUGCUGACCAAUCUCAAGGCGGCCGCCGCUUAUCAGUUUCGCGUCAGCGCCGUGAACAGCGUGGGCGAGGGUAGCCCCUCCGAACCGAGCAAUCAAGUUAUGUUGCCGCAAGAAGCGCCCUCUGGUCCGCCUCUCGGAUUUGUUGGCUCAGCACGAAGCUCAUCCGAAAUUAUCACGCAGUGGCAGCCGCCAUUAGAAGAACACCGUAACGGACAAAUCCUCGGCUACAUAAUACGAUACCGACUAUUCGGGUACAACGAAAGCCCUUGGAAUAUUAGGAACAUAACCAAUGAGGCGCAAAGAAACUACCUCAUCACCGAUUUAAUCACAUGGAAGGAUUACGUUGUGCAAAUAGCGGCGUAUAACAACAAAGGCGUCGGUGUAUUUACGGACGGGUCCAAAAUAAAAACGAAAGAAGGCGUUCCAGAAUCGCCGCCUAUAAUUGAGAAAGUUGAAGCGGUUACCUCGACCGCCGUGCAGGUGUGGUGGAUACCGCCAGAUCCCCAAAAGAUCAACGGAAUCAACCAAGGGUACAAAUUGCAGUCGUGGAGGUACGACCUGUUGGAAGAUCGAAACGCGGAAACGAAGAUGAUCACAGUUCAUCCCAAUCUUCUCGACCCUCUCGCCAAGCAAACCACCGUCAUUGACGGUUUGGAAAAGUUUACCGAAUACAACAUCACAGUGUUAUGCUUUACGAAUCCAGGCGACGGCGAAAUUAGCGAUUUUGUGCCGAUCAAAACUUUAGAAGAUGUUCCUGGGGAGGUUUCGAAUCUGCAAUUCGACGAAGUAAGCGAUCGUUCCGUAACGGUCAUGUGGCAAUCUCCCAAACAGAUAAACGGAAUUCUUAAGGGUUAUCAGGUGGCUUACCAAAUUAAAGAUAAACCGGACACUUUAAAGGUUCACAAUUUGACGGCGGACCGAACAAGUAUAGAAAUUGACCAUUUGCAAGCCACCACUCACUACCGUUUCGAGGUGACUGCGUGGACCGCUACCGGUUCUGGUCCGCCGAAAAUUGCGGUCAUACAGUCGGGAGUUGAACCCGUUCUUCCCAGUCCCCCCUCCAAGUUGGCCUUGAGCAAUAUUCAAGCAUUUUCGGUCGUGUUGCAAUUCACGCCCGGUUUCGACGGAAAUUCGUCGAUUACCAAGUGGACAGUGGAGGCUCAAAAUCCACGAAACAUGACAUGGUUCGUCAUCUACGAAGUGUCCGAUCCCGACGCGACCACGAUAACCGUUCGAAAUCUCGUCCCGUUCUCCUUGUACAAGUUGCGCCUAAUCGCCAAUAACGUCGUCGGAACGUCGCAACCGUCCGAGCCGAGCAAAGAGUUUCAAACGAUCCAAGCGUCUCCGUUACACCCGCCGAAGAAUGUUACUGUCCGAGCGAUGAGCGCGACGGAGCUGCGAGUUAGAUGGAUCCCACUUCAACAAAUGGAAUGGUUCGGAAAUCCGAGGGGGUACAAUAUCUGCUACGUUGAAGUUUCGAGCGGAAAAAUGCGGAGCGAAACUAUCGACGAUCCCACCGCCAAUUCGCACAUUAUAUCUGGCUUGGAGGAGUACACACUGUACGAAGUUACCACUCAAGCUUAUAACGAUGUCGGAAGCUCUCCCGUGAGCCUGAAAGCUUUGGAAAGAACUCGAGAGGCCGUACCUUCCGUUGGACCACUGAACGUGCGCGCGAACGCGACAUCAUCGACGACAAUUGUAGUAAAAUGGGGCGACGUUCCCAAAGAGCACCAGAACGGCUUGAUCGAGGGCUUUAAGGUUUGUUACGGCACGGGCACCGCCAUCACGCGUUCGGCUCCCGAAUGCAAAGUAAUACCCAGCAACUCCUCCUUCACGGCCACGCUGACCGAGCUGCGAAAGUUUGUCAUCUACCACAUUCAAGUUUUGGCCUACACGCGGCUAGGAGACGGCUUGCCGAGUAUUCCGCCGAUAAGUGUUCAAACCUUCGAAGACACACCCGGAGAACCGUCCAAUGUGUCCUUUCCAGACGUCUCAUUCUCGGCGGCGAGAAUUAUUUGGGACGUGCCCGAAGAACCCAACGGGGAAAUUUUGGCGUACAAAAUCUCCUAUCAAAUUAACGACACUCGGACGAAUAUUAAGCGCUAUUCGAAGGAGUUUCUUCCGUCAACGAGAACGUUUACGGCUACGCAGUUAGAAUCCGAAAAGUAUUACCUGUUUUCCAUUACGGCGCAGACUAGAUUAGGGUGGGGCAAAACAGCGCACGUUUUAGUGUUUACGACCAACAAUAGAGAGCCGCCGCAACCCCCUUCAAUGCCGCAGAUCAGCCAAAGCCAGGUUCAAAGCAAACAAAUUACUUUCAGUUGGACUCCGGGACGCGAUGGAUUUGCUCCAUUACGAUACUACACUGUUGAGAAGAUGGAGCAUCCUGGCACCUGGCAGACGGUACCGGAAAGGGUGGAUCCCCAGGUGACUUCCUACACGGUUUCCAAUCUCAAACCCUUCACCUCGUACAAAUUCCGAAUACAAGCGACAAAUGACAUCGGUCCUAGCCGCUUCAGUCCCGAAUCGAUAGACGUGCGAACAUUUCCAGCGGCACCAAGUCGUGCCAUUUCCGAUGUGCGCGUCGUUCCAAUUACGACCACCAGCGUGGAAGUCUACUGGGUGCCGAUCGAAGAGCAGUACUGGAGCGGCGAUACCAAAACGGGAGGGUAUCGGGUCAUCUUUCAGCCGGUUUCCGAUUUUCCGACCGCCUUACAGGCGACACCCAAAGAAGAAGUGAUGGGGAUUAAUGCCAGCAAGAUCGUCCUCAACGAUUUGCUUCAGGAUAGAAAUUACGAGAUUAUUGUCGUUCCCUUCAACUCGCAAGGGGAAGGGCCGGCAAGUCCCCCCGCCACUGUCUACGUUGGCGAGGCUGUUCCUACGGGAGAACCGAGAGGGUUGGACGGCGAGGCGGUCUCGUCCACUGAAGUACGGCUGAGAUGGAAACCGCCACAACAGCAUAUGCAAAACGGCGAACUGUUAGGCUAUAAGAUCUUCUACUUCGUAACGUAUUCGCCGCAAGAGUUGGACCCGGACAAGAAAUUGGAGGAAGAAAUCGAGGUGGUACCUGCUUCGUAUACGUCGCACAGUCUAGUCUUUUUAGAUAAAUACACUGAGUAUCGCAUUCAAAUUUUGGCAUUCAAUCCCGCCGGCGACGGGCCUCGCUCGCAGCCGAUUACUGUUAAAACUCUACAAGGUCUGCCGAGUGCGCCCGUCAACUUACGCUUCACUGACAUCACAAUGAACAGCUUGAAGGUGAUGUGGGACGCGCCGAAGAAGCGAAACGGCGACAUCAUCGGUUACAUUGUCACCUACGAGACUACGGAGCAAAAUGAACGGUUUAGUAAGCAAGUUAAGCAAAAGGUUUCGACCACAGUCCUGCAAGUGCAAUCCUUGGAGGAAGAAGUGACCUACACGUUUACAGUGAGAGCGCAAACUCUCGACUACGGCCCGCCAGUCGUCAGUAACGUAACCACGGGUCCACAAGAAGGCUCGCCAGGGACGCCUAGAGAACUAACACUGGUCAAGACCCUUUCCAGCGUUGAAUUUCACUGGCUUAACGGACCUUCCGGUAAAGGACCUCUAAUUGGCUACCUCAUCGAGAGCCGGCGAAAAGACGAUAAUCACUGGCAAACGGUAAUUCACACCAAAAACGGACAGCUGCAAGAUUUCACGGUCUCGUAUCAAAAUCUGCUGCCGUCGACCUCGUAUAACUUUCGAUUGAUACCGUACAAUAAGUUCGGCAUUAGUUAUCCGGCGUAUUCUGACGAAACUGUUCUGACACCGUCCAAACUCUACUUGGAAUACGGAUAUUUGCAGCAGAAACCGUUCUAUCGACAAACCUGGUUUAUGGUGGCGCUGGCGGCGAUCUCCAUUAUUAUUAUUAUAACCGUCAUUGCCGUGCUCUGCGUGAAGAGUAAGAGCUACAAGUACAAACAGGAGGCGAAGAAAACUCUGGAGGAGUCGCUGGCGAUGGACCCUGACGAACGUCACGAGGUGGCAAUGGAACUGUAUCGCUCGCGACACGGAGGCAACGUAAGUUCUUUAGGCACGAUAAGCAAGCGCAACGCUACGACAAGAAAACCACCCCAUCAUCCCCCGCCACCGGCCAUGCUGGGAAAGUCACCACCUCGACCGUCACCCGCGUCAGUCGCCUAUCACUCGGAUGAAGAAAGUCUGAAAGGGUACGAUGAAAAUCCGGACGAUAGUAGUGUCACCGAAAAACCUUCCGAAAUCAGCUCGUCGGAUUCGCAGGGUUCGGAAAGCGAAAACGAAAGCGUGCGCUCAGAUCCUCACUCUUUCGUUAACCACUACGCCAACGUAAACGACUCUCUGAGGCAGUCGUGGAAGAGACAGAAGCCAGUGCGAAAUUACUCCAGUUAUACAGACUCUGAGCCAGAAGGUAGCGCCGUCGUGAGUUUAAACGGUGGCCAAAUUAUUAUGAACAAUAUGGCGAGGUCGAGGGCGCCUCUCCCUGGAUUUUCAUCCUUCGUGUAAAUAGUUAGAGAAAUUUCACUCUUCAUCCAUUUGCUAACAGGUUUGAUACUUAAAUGUGCUAAAAAGAUCAACUGUCGUUGCGUUAGCGAGCUGACCGAUAGGCAAGGCAUCGUACACUAAAAGGGUACAACGCGUUGCCUAUUUACGUUUUUGAAACUACUCGCUAUCAAUCGUGAAACCCAUUGUAAAUAUCUCAUUCCUUUUUUUUUACUUUUCUAUGACUCGACUUCUAUUUUCGUUAAGUCUCGACAAGUAGUGAAUGAUAUGUUCAUUUCCGUAACGGUAGUAAAUAACUUAUUUUUGUAAAUCUUUAAAAUGUUCCUGUGUGAUUUGCCUAAGUUAAACUGUAAAAAUACACCAAGUCUUGAGAUACAUUUGGCAAAUGCAGUAGAUUAGACGCUAUCGAUCACCUUUUACUUUUCGACUGACCGGCUUUCGCAGUGAUUGCCCUAAAUUUAGCCAGCGCGUCAAGAACAUAAAUGGGAAAAUCUAAUUGUUUCUACAUUUAGAUGUGAUUAAUAAUUUUACCAAUGAUUAACUCUAAAGACUUUGUAUAUUUAUAUGUAGUGUCUUGUUAAAUAUUUUGCGCCAUUUUUAGCAUUGUACUGAUUAGAAUACACUGCCUAAGUUAAUUGUAAUUUAUUACUGUAAUUAUUUAGAUCAAUUGUAAUAUAAAUCUGUGAUUCUAUGUUUAAAAGAAAUAUUAAAAAUUAUGAAAAUAG